AUGAAAAAAGUUGGCGCAAUAACCAAGUGGCUGAAUCUGGUCAAUGUCCAGAAGGAUUUUACUGCCCUAGAAAAGGGGAUCUCGUACACAACUGGCCUAUCUACCACAGCUAAGGUACCACCUGGCGUCUCCACCACAGCUAAGGCACCACCUGGCCUCUCUACCACAGCUAAGGUACCACCUGGCGUCUCCACCACAGCUAAGGCACCAUCUAGUCUCUCCACCACAGCUAAGGCACUACCUGGCCUCUCCACCACAGAUAAGGAACCAUCUGACAUCUCCACCACAGCUAAGGCACCACCUGGCCUCUCUACCACAACUAGAGCACCAAGUGACCUCUCCACCACAGCUAAGGAACCACCUGGCCUCUCUACCACAACUAGAGCACCAAGUGACCUCUUCACCACAGCUAAGCCAAGGAACCACCUGGCCUUCUCCACCACAGCUAAGGAACCACCUGGCCUCUCCACCACAGAUAAGGAACCACCUGGCCUCUCCACCACAGCUAAGGCACCACCUGGCCUCUCUACCACAACUAGAGCACCAAGUGACCUCUUCACCACAGCUAAGGAACCACCUGGCCUCUCCACCACAGAUAAGGAACCACCUGGCCUCUCCACCACAGCUAAGGCACCACCUCGUAUCCUCCACAAAUUCACUUUUUCUCCAUCCCUCUGA